AUAUAAAUCGUUUACAUACAAUAAAAAGUACUGACGGUAUAAGCAAUUGCUUUUCACCCGAAGACUAUACAAUUCAUUAUUUCAUUGUUGGUAUUAUAACACAAAUAAAAAUUCAAGAACAAUGUUUUUUUUAAUACUAUUUAUGUUUCUUCCAUACAGUCAACUGAAAACUCUUAAAAACUACCAAGUUCACGAAAAAAUCACUGAUGAUCGAGUCGAUGAGGACAUAAAGUGGAUGUUAUUGCCAAAUGGACGAGGUGAUCCGCAAUUGGCUAUUCUAUCAGGAUUGGAAAAAAAUAACGGAGAAGACAAAGGAGACCUGCUACCGCUUAUUGAAAAUAUUAAAUUUUAUUUAUACACAAGAGACAAUCCUACAAGAGCUGAAAUGCAAACAAUGGAUAAAAAAUGUUUACCAAUAUUUAAGUAUUUCCGCUCUCAAAGAAAAUCAAAAGUAUUAGUUCAUGGAUUUGGUGAUAGCGCUGAAGAUUCUCUCAUGUUCCCAUUACUCAGAGAUGCAUUUUUGAACUACAACGAUUACAAUAUAUUUACUGUUGAUUGGUCAGAGUUAGCUGCCGUACCUUGGUAUAAUACUGCAGCAAAAAAUACUAAACAUGUAUCAAAACAUUUAGCAGCCUUUAUUGACCAUUUAUCUACAUCAACUGAUGCACGGGCAGAAGAUUUUCAUUUAAUAGGAUUUUCUUUAGGAGCACAUGUAGUUGGUCUAACGAACAAUGAGUUGAAAUAUGGAAAAGUUAAACAUAUUACUGGGCUAGAUCCAGCAGGAGUUUUGUUUUCAUCAUCGGGCCCAGAGGAACGUCUUGAUUCCAGUCAAGCUAAACUAGUCGACGUCGUGCAUACAUCAGGUGGAUUUCUUGGAUUUAAAAAACGUAUCGGACAUAGGGAUUUCUAUCCAAAUGGUGGUGCCUGGCCUCAACCAGGAUGUAAAAUUGAUUAUGCUGCUGUUUGUAGUCAUCGGAGAGCGUAUUAUUAUUAUGCGGAAGCCUUAACUAGAGGUGAUGCAUUUGUUGCUGUACCAUGCCCAUCAUACGAUGAGUAUACAUCAGGAGCUUGUUCAAAUAAUACAGAGCUUGCGGUACAACUAGGAAAAGCCCCAUAUGAUAAGGCGAAAGAAGGUAAUUACUAUUUAAAUACUAACUCAGAUUCUCCUUAUGGGAAAGUAAGUAAACUUAAUAAAUAAUAUAGACAUUAAAUUAUAAAAUAAUACU